AUGAGUCUGCGACACACGAGAAUAGAGGGCCAUGUGUAUACAUUCGGAAAGAGGAUAGCUUCCGGCCCGUUCCCCCAGCACCACGGCGUCAGCCUGCAUUAUGCGCUUGGGACGCCGCUUGACUGGCCAGAGGCCAAGAAGGUCGCCGACCAAGUCAGGUCAUGGGGAAUCGAAGUAUGUGAUUUUGUGUCCAUUGGGCUGGUGUGA